AUGUCCGCCCCAGAAGUCCACCACCUCUUCCACGCCCCGAUAGCCGACCACUCCUUCUCCGCCGACCGCAGCACCCUGGCUGUCGCCCGUGAGAACAACAUCGAGUUAUACUCGCGCUCAGGAAACUCCUUCCGCCUCGAAGACGAACUCCGCGGCCACGACAAAACCGUCACCGGCGUCGACAUCGCUCCUCACAGCGGCCGGAUCGUAACUUGUAGCCAAGACCGCAACGCCUAUGUCUGGGAACCUACGGGGAAAGCUGGAGCCUGGAAACCAACCCUAGUCCUGCUCAGGAUCAAUCGAGCAGCGACAUGUGUGCGAUGGGCGCCCAACGAGACCAAGUUUGCCGUCGGCAGUGGGGCGAGAAUCAUCGCCGUGUGUUAUUUCGAGCAGGAGAACGAUUGGUGGGUUUCCAAGCAUGUGAAGAAGCCCUUGAGGAGUACGGUCACGUGUGUGGACUGGCAUCCUAACUCCGUGCUCCUGGCUGCUGGGUCGACGGACGGGCAUGCACGCGUCUUCUCCUCCUUCGUCAAGGGCACGGAUGAACGACCGGAAGCCUCGGUGUGGGGGGAACGCCUCCCCUUCAAUACCGUCUGCGGGGAGUACCUCAACCCCACGGCGGGAUGGGUCCACGAUGUAGCUUUCUCCCCCUCUGGCAAUGCUCUGGCAUUCUGCUCCCACGACAGCACCGUCACUGUCGUCUACCCCUCGGGUCCGGAACAACCGCCUCAAGCCGUGCUGUCCAUCACAACACAAUUACUACCCUUCACCUCCCUCCUCUGGACCACGGAAUCCGAACUCGUGGCCGCCGGUUACGAUUGCGGCGUCUACCGCUUGUCGGGUGACAGCAAUGGCUGGCAGUUGACAGGCUCGCUGGAGAAAACCGAGGCGUCGAGGCCCGGGUUAGAGCAGAGGGAGGAGUCGGCGUUGAAUAUGUUCCGGUCGAUGGAUUUGCGCGGGCAGAGGGGUGGGGUGCAGGAAGAUACCAAGUUGAAGACUACGCAUCAGAAUAGUAUUAAUACGCUUCGAGCGUAUCAGGGAGGGAAUGGAGGGGAGGUCGGGCAGAUUAGUACGAGUGGGGUUGAUGGACGGGUUGUGGUGUGGAAGUUGUGA